GGGGCAGCCCUCGUAAGAUAGCAACUAACACAAUUCGCAUAAUUUCUCUGUCUUACCUUUCAAGGCGUUCAACCUCUUGGCUUUCUCAAAAAAACCAAAAAAAAAACAAAGAGAGAGACAGAGCACAAGUCAAAUCAUGUUGAUCAUCCCAUGAAUUAGGGAUUUCGUAAGUUGAAAUUGUCUUCUGCUCCGUGCAAUUUCAUGAUCCAUCAUCAAGAUUGAAGAAAUCGUUGUUGGUUUUACAGAAAACGGCGAAUUCAUGCAUGUGAUCUUCAUGUAAUGGACAUACAUCAAUGAAGGUGGAGUUUCGUGUUCCGGCUUAAUUAAAUCAUUAUGUCGUCGUCGGAGGCUACUGCGCCAUCAUCAUCAUCUUCGGAAGAAUCUCCGCCAUCUCCUUCUUCAACAUCGCCUCCAUCAGAGUCUACGCCGCCGCCGCCUUCUCCUUCGGCAUCAACGCCGCCCCCUCCCUCUCCAGCAUCAACUCCGCCCCCUCCCUCACCCUCACCCCCAGCAGCCACCUCUCCGCCUCCGCCUUCUCCCACCCCUUCCCCUCCAACCUCGCCACCUCCCGCACCACCAACUUCUUCCCCUCCGCCGCCCUCCUCCCCUCCUCCUUCACCCCCCAAAUCCCCACCAACCCCAACAAAAUCCGAAUCCCCUCCUCCGCCAGCAUCUUCCUCCACUCCACCGCCAUCUCCUCCCGCUCAGCCGCCUCCGUCUUCGUCAACCCCGCCUCCUGCUGCUCCCGCGCAAAAUCCUCCUACUCUAGAAGCCGAUUCGUCUCCAUUGCCUGCAAUUCCUCCACCCCAGCCAAAACCUGUUUCUCCAGAAACACCUCUGUCGCCGCCUAUUAUCUCUCCCAACCCUCCACGCCCAGCCUCAGUCGCCCGCCCCGCCGGUUCGCCGCCCACUCCUCCACCGUCUCACGAUUCUCAGAAUUUAAAUGGACUUAUCAUCUUCGGAGCUAUUUCCAUAGGAGUAGUGAUCAUUCUACUUCUCUUUGUCAUCUUCUGCCUCGUGUGUAACCGGAGAAAAAGGAAAUCAGAUUAUGUAAUGGAUCCUGCACGCCAGCCUAACGGUGGAACCCAAUACUAUAACCAAGAUCCGUCGCAGUGGCAUGCUCAGCAGUCUCUGGCUCCGGCGGGAAGUUUCAUGGGCGGGUGGGGCCCGAAUUCGAGCGGGGAAUUCAGCUCUGGAUAUUCAGGGCAACAUGGUGUGAUGGGUAUGCCUCAAUCGCAAAACAUGGGAGGUAUGUAUCAGUUCAGCUACGAGGAGCUGGCCGCCGCCACCAAUGGAUUCUCUCAAUCCAACCUCCUGGGCCAAGGCGGCUUCGGCCUCGUUCACAAGGGUGUUUUGCCUGAUAGGAGAGAGGUCGCCGUCAAGAGCCUCAAGAGCGGCAGUGGCCAAGGCGAGCGCGAGUUCCAGGCGGAGGUCGAGAUCAUCAGCCGCGUCCACCACCGCCACCUCGUUUCCCUCGUCGGAUACUGCAUCGCUAAUGACAACAAACUGCUCGUCUACGAGUUUGUUCCUAAUAAGACGCUCGAGUUUCAUCUUCAUGGGAACGGUGAACCUGUGCUUGAUUGGGCGACAAGGCUUCGUAUUGCAGUUGGAUCGGCCAAGGGGCUUGCGUACCUGCAUGAAGAUUGUCUACCACGAAUUAUCCACCGUGAUAUAAAAGCUGCAAACAUUCUUAUUGACAACAACUAUGAAGCAAUGGUGGCUGAUUUCGGUUUGGCUAAACUCACUACUGAUAACCACACUCAUGUGUCCACGCGCGUAAUGGGAACUUUUGGGUACCUGGCGCCGGAAUAUGCAUCAAGUGGGAAAUUGUCGGAGAAAUCUGAUGUGUUCUCGUUCGGGGUGAUGCUGCUGGAACUCAUCACCGGCAGGAGGCCUAUCGAUCUCUCUAACAGCAUGAUGGAAGAUAGUCUAGUAGACUGGGCGAGGCCUCUUCUAAGCAAGGCGCUGGAAGACGGCAACUUCGAAGAGCUGGUGGAUCCUCGGCUGGAGGGUAAAUUCGUGGCGCACGAGCUGUCCCGAAUGGCCACGUGUGCGGCGGCCAGCAUACGCCAUUCCGCAAGAAAGCGCCCCAAAAUGAGCCAGAUAGUGCGGGCGCUGGAUGGAGACUCGUCGCUGGAGGACUUGAACGACGGGGUGAAGCCGGGGCAGAGCGCCGUCUACAACCCCAACGGGGGCUCCGACGUCUACGACACGCGCGCCUACAACGCCGAUAUGGUCAAGUUCAAGAAGAUGGUGAUGGCCUCUCAAGACUUCACCAGCAGCGAAUACGGCGACUCCACCGAGAUCGACAACCAUUGAUCUCAUCAUCUUCAUUUCUCCAUCAAACAUUCAACAUGUGUAUAUAUAUAUACCUGCUCCUUCAUCUAGGAUUUCGCCUACCAACUUAAUUAAUGCUAUUAUACAACACAUAUUUCUAAUUUUGUAA